AACUUUCAAAUUGUACAUGUGUAUAUUUACUAAAAUAUGAUUUCCAAUAAGCUGUUAGUUUUAUUUUAUAUUCUUGUAAUUUUGUAUCAUAAAUCAUCAGCACAAUAUGCACAAUAUGCACCCGCACCACCAGGUGUUAACCCGCAACUGUAUCAACAGCAGCAACAACAAGUACCUAUUCAAAAUUUACCACCUCAUCAAAAUAUUCCUCAGCAAGUACCAUUCCAACAGCCACUUCAUCAACAGCAGCAGAAUCAACAAAACCAACCUCAACAGCAACAACCGAGUCAUGGUUCUCAAGGACAUCAACCUCAACAAGUGUUGCAUGCUUCAAACUUGGCAGAGGAAAGCGAGCAUAUAAAAAAACAUUUAGAUCUACCUACAUUAGAUACAAGUAAAAUGUCUGAACAAGAGUUACAAUUUCAUUAUUUUAAAAUGCAUGAUGCAGAUAAUAAUAAUAAGUUAGAUGGAUGUGAACUUAUUAAGUCACUCAUUCAUUGGCAUGUUCAAGGUGGUCAUGAUCCAGCUACUGGUGGUGCACCUCCACCAGAAAAAAUAUUUACUGAUGAAGAGCUAAUGCAACUUAUUGAUCCUAUUCUAACCUUGGAUGACACAAAUUUUGAUGGCUUUAUAGAUUAUCCAGAAUUUGUUAUUGCUCAAAAUAAAGCAAGUAGUACUCAAAAACAGUCAGCAUGAAAAAUAACAAUAUAAUUACAAAAAAAAAAAUUAUUUUUUCUAAUUCUGAAUUUGUUAUCAAUACAUAAA